AUUGGAGACCUUAAAAGAAAGACAUACAGUUGAAUCCGUGUUCCCCAGUUUCAAUUGCUAAGCUCCUGUAAUGGCUAUGAGUUCUCAUCCCUUCCUUCUUCUGGUAAUCUCUCUGUCCAUCAUCAUCUACACCAAUUCAAAACCUCUCCUUAACGAUGUCACUUCCCCUUAUCUAUCACCGACAACCCUUUUCAAGAAUUACGACAAGAUGCUCAAAAACUUCAGGAUAUAUAUUUACAAACCAUCAAACCCAUUAACCUUCAACACACAGCCUGAGUCACUCUUCUACAAAUCACUCCUUCAUAGCUCCUUUGUGACUCAAGAUCCAGAACAAGCUCACCUCUUCUUCGUUCCAUUUCCCAAUAUGUCCACUCGUAGUCUCUCUCGAUUAGUUAAAGACCUAAGGAUAAACUUCCCUUUCUGGAAUCGAACUCUCGGCGCAGAUCAUUUCUAUCUAUCUCGAACAGGAAUUGGUUACGCCGCUGAUCGGAAUGUACUGGAGUUAAAGAAGAACGCUAUUCAGAUCUCAAGCUUUCCUACUAUUCCAGGUAACUUUAUUCCUCACAAGGACAUAACUCUUCCUCCACCAAACCCUGGAAACGAUAACCCAUUAGAUCUGUUGUCCCAUGCUGCGAUUAAUACUACUCAGAUGUUUUAUGCUUUUGGGGAUAAUAGAGAUGGAAGAAGUCAAAUUCAGCUGGUUAAUGAGAUGAACAAUGAAUCUAGACUAGCUGCUGGUAGAUUCUGUCUGAUUAGGUAUAGUAUUGUUAAUGAUGAGAUGUCUUGGUUGGGUGAAGUUUUGAGAUUGGGAUGCUUGCCUGUAGUGAUAACAGAUAGACCAAUUCAAGACCUUCCUUUCAUGGAUUUGUUGAGAUGGUCUGAUAUUGCUGUUUUUGUUGGGGCAAAACAGGGGGAAGGGGAGUUAAAUAAGAUAGUGAAGAAGAUGAUUGAUGGGAAAGAAGAAAAUGAAUAUGGGAGAAUGAGAGAUUUUGGUAUGAAAGUGAGUCAACAACAUUUUACUUGGAAUGAAAUUGCUGAGCCAUAUGAUGCUUUUCAUAUGGUUAUGUACCAGUUAUGGUUGAGAAGACAUACUAUUAGAUAUGCAAGAAGAGAGUGGGAUGAUGAUGAAGAGAACAAGUCUUCAUAAUCUUUCCUUUUGUUAUUAUUGAGACACUAGUAUAUGUAAGUAACUCAAUAUCUCUUACUUAUAUGUUGCAUUAAUUGAUUACCUUAUAUGAGAUUGUAUUUAUGUAGUCAUAUUAUGUAUAUCCAAAGGAUUGAUGAAAAGAAAUAAGUGUUAUCUA